AUGGAAAAAAAUUCAUUAAUAAUGGUGAAAAGGGCUCCCUCACACUCAUCUGCCUUUCCCUUCUUCUACCCGCACCGCAAUCAAUGUUUAGGAAUUUUCCCGGCUCCCACUUUUCCACUUCUUCAGUCGGCUCACUCAUUUUCUUUUCCUUCUGCUUGGCUUCGGGGGUCUAACGGUUUACCUUUUCGCCUUCUCUUGGUUCGUCCCAUGGAUCCUCUUAUAUCACCUCUUCCUUCUCAACUGCUGCCACAUGCCCCUUCUUCCCCUUCAGAGACAUCAAAUAACAUUCCCUCGCCAUUUUAUGGUGACCGGACUCUACUCCCACUCCUGCUUCCGUUGGGAUCAAUUUCAUCAUCAGAUGGGAUGUAG